AUGCAAGCCUGGGGCACGGCGCAGCUGCUGGGGUGCACAACUCUGCUAGCCGCUGUAGUCACCUGCUCCGCUUCCUCCUCUGGCCUCUUGACUCCAGGAGUCAACAGCAGCAAAGGAAGAAGUUUUAUUGGCCAUCAAAAUCCCUCAAAGAAUAUCUCAUCCAGUGGGAAUGAAGGCGUUCCCAAGGUCCCAGAAUUCUCUGUGGACAAGUUUUCUGCUGAAAUCCUCACCGGAGGACUGACUACUGUCUUCCUUCCAAUUGUCUAUGCAAUUGUGUUUAUCAUCGGUUUGCCAAGCAAUGGCAUGGCUCUGUGGGUCUUCAUUUUCCGAACAAAAAAGAAACACCCUGCUGUGAUUUACAUGGGCAACUUAGCCUUGGCAGAUCUCUUAUCUGUAAUCUGGUUUCCCUUGAAGAUUUCCUAUCAUAUAAAUGGCAACAAUUGGAUUUAUGGGGAAGCUUUGUGCAAGGUGUCGAUUGGCUUUUUCUAUGGCAAUAUGUACUGUUCCAUCCUCUUCAUGACUUGCCUCAGUGUGCAGAGAUACUGGGUCAUCAUGAAUCCCAUUGUACGCUCCAGGAAGUUGUCUAACAUUGCCAUAGGGGUUUCCAUUGGAAUAUGGCUGUUGAUUCUGCUGGUGACCAUUCCCCUGUAUGUUGUGAAGCAAACUGUCUAUAUUCCAGACCUUAACAUCACAACAUGCCAUGAUGUUUUGCCUGAAAAUGUGCUGGCGGGAGAUAUGUUCAAUUAUUUCCUCUCUCUGGCCAUUGGUGUCUUCUUGUUCCCUGCUUGUCUCACGGCCUCUGUCUACAUCCUAAUGAUCCGAACACUCCAUUCUUCUGCUAUGGAUGAUUCUGGAAGGAAGAGAAGGAGAGCCAUCAAACUCAUCAUCACUGUACUGGCCAUGUACCUGAUCUGUUUCACACCCAGUAACAUUUUGUUGGUGGUACAUUACUUCCUGAUUCGAGCCAGAAGACAGAGCGAUGUCUAUUCCUUGUAUCUGGUAGCUCUCUGUCUCUCGACCCUUAACAGCUGUAUCGAUCCCUUUGUCUAUUACUUUGUUUCUCAGGAUUUUAGGGAUCAUGCCAAGAAUGCUCUUCUCUGUCGAAGUGUUCGGACUGUGAAUAGAAUGCAAGUGUCCCUCACUUCCAAGAAAUUAUCUCGGAAAUCCAGCUCCUACUCUUCUAGUUCAACCAGUGUUAAAGCAUCUUACUGA